AUGGCAUUCUCUCAUAAAAAAUUCAGUCAUCUCGAUUGGCUUCAAUCUGAGGUUGAUGAUUAUUCUGUUUAUUUGAAUCAGUUGAACCAAGGCUACAUGAACGUCCCUGAAGAAGCUGCUCUUCUCAAUGCGAUCAAUGAAAACCAUAUAGCGAACGACUCAAGUGUCAAUCAGGGUCAUAAAAUUGCAACAGAAGGCUAUCACAAUCAUGCGAGUUGUGUGAAAGAGUGGUGUAAAUCAGCAAGACAAGUCGAUGGCCCAGUCUCAACUGAUGCUGUAAUGCACUUCAAUGCCCAGCAGCCUGAUUCCAGCGCUUGUUCAUCAAAGGUAGCAGAAGGCAAUAGUAAGACGCACAGUGACUCACAGGAUGAUUGGUUUGAUGAGGAAGAGGAUGAUAACGAACCCUACAUAUGGGAGGAUGACCACGAUAGCAAAAGUUUCUCUUCAUGGCUGCUCUACGGCAGCGACGAUGAUAUGGAGAUAUUCAAGGUAAGUGUAGUGUUACUUCUGAGCACCAGAGCAGUCUAUUUAUUUGGCCGUUGCGUAUGCAUUCGUCGAAGAAUGUACUAA